AUGAGUAUGAAUGAGAAAGAACGAAAAGAAUUAAAGACGAUAGGUUUUAGCUUACCUGAAAGAGGAUCAAUAUUUGACUAUUCUAGUUUCAUCAAAAAUUUAGAUUAUUUUGAAAUGCUAAAUAGUAUUGUUGAUUGGACAUUAGAAAAUCAUUUACAUAUUACGAAUGAAAACAUACAAGAAUAUUUUUAUCAAAGAGAUAUCGAAAAUACGAAGAACGAGAGUAAUAUUGAUGGAUUAAUUCAUUCAAUCACAUUUUUUUUAAUGAAAAUGCUUGCAAAUCAUAAUGCUAAAAUUAUUAGUCUUAAAUUAAUACCAUCUACUAUUAAUUAUUAUGUUAGAGGCGAUAAUUGUUAUUAUUCAUUCAUUGACCAAAAUAAAUGCUUAAUUGAAAAUUUAAGACAUUUAGAAGUUGAUACCGGAUUUUGUAAUGAUUUGUUUUUAAUUUCUCUUUCUAAAAUAUCUGAUAAUUUGAAAUAUUUACAUGCCUCAACAGAUAAUAUUAGAAUAACAAAAUCGCAAAGUAAUAUUAGAUCACAAGCAACUACAGCUGCUUUAAAAUAUUUGAUAUCAUCACAACAAAACUUAGAAUCAUUAAAAUUAUCAGAAUCAUUAAUUAUUAAUUGGUGUUGGGGAUUUGGUAAUAAGGAAGAAGAAAAUAAGAUUCUACAUUUUAUUAAUAAUACCCAAUUUCCUAAAUUAUCUAAGAUUAUUAUUAAAGGUCUUUGUCCAAAUAAUAUAAGAAAAUGGGCUGAAUCUUAUAAUGAUUAA